AUGGCGACUGAUGAUCCUUCGAGGUUGCAAGCCAGCCCAGGCAAAGUAUUGCCUGGGGAGCGCUUAACCUCCUCUCCGCGCAUUGCCCAUUAUGACGGCGAGAUCCCCCCAGCACUGUCACCCUUGGAUGCCUUCGCCGCCCAAGGUCGACUUCUCGCGAAACAAUUCGACCAAUCGAGGAAAGAUGGCCGACGCCUGAGUCGCAUUCCACCGGCCAGCGUUGCUCGGUCCCUUUCCCGUCCGCGACCCGGUUAUUUUCGAUCGGCCUCAAGUGAGGGGACUCGCGAGGGCUCCAAGCCACCACUUAGUCCUGCGUUUCGAGAGCACAAUCAUCUAGCGGUGGAGGAACCUAAGUUUAGGCCGAUAUCUCAGCAUCCCCGAUUGAGUGGCUUACCUGCUGAUCAGGAUGGAGGCGACCCGCGACCCUGGGGAAGGGAAGGCGUGAGCCGCUCUGCUUCGAAAGACAAUAUCGCAGGGUCACCAAACGAGGAGGUUGGACUAGGCUUGGGCGUGCGUGAUGCUGCAGGGCCAGCGGGUCGACCGUUGGUGGGAGUAGGCGUAACGACCUCAAAGAAGGAAUCGCAUAACGACCCUAUGUCGAGAUCCAGGUCCGACACACUUGUUCCUCCGAUCCCCUUACCCCGGUCAUCUAGCAGCCCGGGUCUGUCGCAUACAGAAAGUUCAGAUGACGACUAUUAUACCAGUUCCAAUGCGGGUUCUACAUUUUCAAAGCCUAGGAAACUGUCAUCGAGCAGCGGCAUGUCCAUGCCUCAUUCACCAAUGUCAAAUUUCACCCGCCCAAAUCCACGUUCCUUGUCACCAGCAUCAGAAAGGUCUGGUACGCCCCAUGUGCUCCAGCGACCCUCAUUCAAUUUCUCCCGGCCCCUGAGUAGGUCGAGCACCAGCAUCUCCCUCCCAUCUCCAUUGACUCCGGACCCAACUCCCAACGAGCUGCAACCCCGCAUGAUGACUCGAGACAAUCGCCCAGCUCCUAUUAAUACCUCGGAACGCUCUCCUCUAUCUACACAGGACGCGGAGGAGCCUCCACCUUCGGCGACAUACACAUAUGCAAAGUAUAAUCUGCCCCGUGGAAGAGAGGUUGUGAGGGACUCAAUCGUUUUCUCCGGCUUGCAAGCUCCACAUUUUGAGUGGAAAGAACCUCUCUUUGAAUCCCCUCCACCAAGUGCCGUCAGAGAGAAGUUUGCUCGGACCCCGUCCCCAUCACCUGCGAAAAUACAACAGCAGCCUACUUCUCCCCCAACCACACAGAGGGCGUCCCCAGCAAAGACUUCACCGGCAAGAAGUAUUAAGCAAAUUAACCGAUCGCCAGCAGCCCCAUCCCGCCAUUCCUUUGAAAACGAUAGCCGUGAGGUGCUGACUUUGAGAACACCAAGCUCCAGCACCAAAGUGAAACCAAAAUCAAGCGACCAAGACGAUGCUAAAUCCACCUCCGCAAAUAGCGGGAGCACCAUACGUCCACAUACCAGCCACAAGGAAAGCAAACCCGGCGAUAAUGGUGAUAAUCCCGACCAGCCCUCUGCAGAGGAUUAUGUCGCUAAAGGUAUCGCUUGCCACGAAAAUGGAUCGCUCAAAGAAUCGACUUAUUAUCUACGAUUGGCGGCAAUGCAGAACCAUCCUACCGGCAUGCUAAUGUAUGCAUUAGCUUGCCGACACGGAUGGGGAAUGCGCCCGAACCCGCAGGAAGGCGUUGAGUGGCUGCGCAAGGCAGUUAAUUCAGUUGCGGAUAUCACACAAGAGGUGAAUACGGCAGAUUUACAGCCCAGGGGUAAAGCUCUCCAGGAACAAAAAGCUCGUCAGGCCCAGUUCGCACUCAGUAUCUAUGAGCUGGGUGUGAGCCACCUCAAUGGAUGGGGAGUCGAUCAGGACAAGACCUUGGCUCGAAGGUGUUUUGAAAUCGCAGGACAGUGGGGUGAUGUCGAUGCCUUGGCAGAAGCUGGAUACUGCUAUGCUGAGGGUGUUGGAUGUAAGAAGGAUCUGAAGAAGGCGGCGAAGUAUUAUCGAAUGGCGGAGGCGAAAGGCAUGAGUAUGGUGGGGAAUAGUUGGAUAUACAAAGAUAAAUACAUGGGCGAUGAUGAGCCAACUUUGCCUGAUGCGAACGUGAAGUCGAUUAGUAGCUCAGAGAAGCAGCCUUCACGGAACAAAUCUCGAACAAGAUCGAUAUUUGGUCGAAAGAAGUCUAAUGCUCAUGAUUGUUGAUUAAUAUCAGGCGCUCGUCCCUCGGUGUGACUGUUUAGUCUUCCUUUAACUUUUGCAUUUACUUUCUGCGGUUGAUUCCCGGAAUUGAUUUUCUACAUCUGGCACCCCGGGCAUUUGAUCUGUCGUUUUAUCUGAACUCUUUUCAGUUUGUUGAAUCCUGUUCGCUUCAUACUCGUUCAUGUUUCUAUAUGGCCCCACGGCGUGGAGGGUUUAGUUCUUACACAUUUUAUGAGCGGGAAUCAUACCUACACAUACCUACAUAGGUCGGGGCAGUCCCACCGGAUUUUCCUUUUUCUUCUUCCGUCUUCAUAUACUGAUCCGAUAUCCUCUUUUUUUCUCCUUUGUCCUCUUUCCAGCAUUUCAAUUCUUGACAAGCCAGGGGCUAAUUUUAUUUUUUUUACCACCUUCAAUUCGGACCUGGCUAGCUUAUUAUCAUUAGUAUGCUUGUUAAUAUCUCCUUUCUUUUCUUUUCUUUUCUUUUUUUUUGUGGGUGGAUGUGGUGCCGUUCGAGGGCUUUUGUGUAAGAAUAAGUAUUUGAGACCAAUUUGUUCCGCCCUUUGGAAUUGCAGCAACUUUGGCGUAUA